UGCUGCCGCCGCCGUGGCUGCCGAGUUCUGCCCGUGGAACGAUCUAGCGGGCCGCGUUCCGGCCCUUCAGCGCAAUGGAGAUAGUCAGGAGUAAUUUUAAGAGUAAUCUUCACACAGUGUACCAGGCCAUAGAGGAGGCUGACUUCUUCGCCAUCGAUGGGGAGUUCUCAGGAAUCAGUGAUGGACCUUCAGUCUCAGCAUUAACAAAUGGUUUUGACACUCCAGAAGAAAGGUAUCAGAAGCUCAAAAAGCAUUCCAUGGACUUUUUGCUGUUUCAGUUUGGUCUUUGCACUUUUAAGUAUGACCACACAGACUCCAAGUAUAUAACAAAGUCAUUUAACUUUUACGUUUUCCCGAAACCCUUCAAUCGGUUCUCACCAGAUGUCAAAUUUGUCUGUCAGAGUUCAAGCAUUGACUUUCUAGCAAGCCAAGGAUUUGAUUUCAAUAAGGUUUUCCGCAAUGGAAUUCCAUAUUUAAAUCAGGAAGAAGAGAGGCAGUUGAGAGAGCAAUAUGAUGAAAAACGUCUGCAGUCUAAUGGUGCAGGAGCUCUGUCGUAUGUAUCUCCUAAAACUUCAAAGUGUCCCGUGACAAUUCCUGAGGAUCAGAAAAAAUUUAUUGAUGAAGUGAUAGAGAAAAUAGAAGAUUUAUUACAAAGUGAUGAAAACAAGAACUUGGAUUUAGAGCCAUGUACCGGGUUAGUUUUUCUAUUGACACAUCUGCUUAUAUCAUGUUUCCUUUUCUUUCUUUUUUUUAGGUAUCCCAAAGGCAUCCAUGUUGAGACUUUAGAAACUGAAAAGAAAGAGCGGUAUAUAGUUAUCAGUAAAGUGGAUGAAGAAGAGCGCAGACGGAGAGAGCAGCAGAAACAUGCUAAAGAACAGGAGGGCCUGAAUGAUGCUGUCGGAUUUUCCAGAGUCAUUCAUGCCAUUGCUAAUUCGGGGAAACUUGUUAUUGGGCACAAUAUGCUGUUGGACGUCAUGCACACAAUUCAUCAAUUCUACUGCCCUCUGCCUGCCGACUUACAUGACUUUAAGGAGAUGACAACUUGUGUCUUCCCCAGACUCUUGGAUACUAAAUUGAUGGCCAGUACCCAGCCGUUUAAGGAUAUCAUUAACAAUACUUCCCUUGCGGAAUUGGAAAAGCGGUUAAAAGAAACACCUUUCAACCCUCUGAAAGUUGAAAGUGCAGAAGGUUUUCCAAGUUACGACACAGCUUCUGCACAGCUUCAUGAAGCAGGCUACGAUGCUUAUAUCACAGGACUGUGUUUCAUCUCCAUGGCAAACUAUCUAGGUUCUUUUCUCAGUCCUCCAGAAAUUCACGUGUCUGCCAAAUCCAAGCUCAUUGAACCUUUCUAUAACAAGUUAUUUCUUAUGAGGGUCAUGGAUAUACCCUACUUAAACUUGGAAGGACCAGACUUGCAACCCAAGCGUGAUCAUGUUCUCCAUGUGACAUUCCCCAAAGAAUGGAAAACCAGCGACCUUUACCAGCUUUUCAGUGCCUUUGGUAAUAUUCAGAUAUCCUGGAUUGAUGAUACAUCAGCAUUUGUCUCUCUCAGCCAGCCUGAACAAGUGCAAAUUGCCAUCAAUACCAGCAGAUAUGCAGAAAGCUAUCGGAUCCAGACCUAUGCUGACUAUGUAGGGAAAAAACACGAGAAGCAGAUCAAGAGAAAGUGCCCAGAAGAUAGUUGGAAAGAGGCCGAGAGCAAGCAUCUAGACGCUCAGUGCAUGUCCUACGCUUUACAGAAUCACUAUUGCCGCACCAACAGUUUUACAGCCACCAGCACGUUAGGAAAGAGAAGUCUGAGUCCUAGUGUGGAAGAUGCUGGCUUGGAGGAUAGAGCGUUGGGGGAGAUGUCUGAUGCUGAGCUUGAGAAUACAGAUUCCUGUGCAGAACCCCUCUCAGAGGGAAGGAAAAAGUCCAAGAAAUUAAAGAGAAUGAAGAAAGAGCUUUCUCCAGCAGGAAGCAUCUUGAGCAGCUCGGCCAAGCUUUUUGAAGUCCCCGAUACAUGGUAGCCAGGACCUGAGUGAGACAAGUCACCGGUGCUGUGCCCAAGAAAGAGCCAUCGGAUAGUGUUUGGAAGCCAUAUGUAUUGAAUUUAAUAAAACAUGGUGCAGGAGGAGUUGGAAACAGAAUGUGUAUGUGCUGAAAAAACAAAAAGCAAAACCAGCUUUUUUGUGCUUGUGUUUUGUCCCAUUUCCCCUUCCCCCUGCCCCCACCGUCCUUCUCUGUUUCCUGUUGAAUUUAAACUGUCUGUGGAACAUCCAUCAGAGUUGCAGGCUGUCACGAACGUGGAUAUCAUUAGCCAGUUGAUGGAUUAAGCAAAGUAUUUGUUGCUUUGAAUCGGUGCUUUAAGAAGCCACCUGAGGUAGCAUGGUGACAGUGAGCAGCGCAGAGAGGGCUGGCGUUCCUGGAGGCUGCUCACGAAUUUUAGUUCGUCUCUUUCCUGCCUGCAGAAGCUCUCACCCAUUAUUUCCGGCUCAGAUUGCUGGGCAAAUGAAACACACUCUUAUCAUCUCCCACUCAAGAAAUUGCUUCCCUCCCUACUGGAGCUGCCUGAAUUUAUUAACUUCUCCAGUAGGAAAACGCAUUCCAAUGCUGUGCCCCCUACCCCCCCACCCACCCACCCCCGCAAUCAAGGACCUGACCAUCCACCUUCACCUUUAGAUUAAACUGAUUUCGUGCGAGUGUUCCUAAAGCUCGCUUAUCUCUGGAAGGUGUGAGAGUAAAGAAGGCAACUUCUGUGUUGAUAUGGCAGCACGGCACUCACUUGCCCAGCAUCUAAGCCAUGUUAUCUUGUCUUUCUCCUUCCUGGCUGGUUGGUUUGAGUGGGUAGCAGUCUGGGGGUGAAGUGUAUCCCAUGAGAGUGCGUGUGCACAUGUGUGGUAGUGUGUGUGCAGUGUGCACAUCCAGUCACGACAGCCAUAACGAGUCAGCCCCGCUCUGCAGCAACAGGUGAUGUCGUGAGUCUGCUUCUGUACAUCUGCUUCCAAUUAGAUCUUUAACGUUUUUGUAUAGUAGAAAUAAUGAGAAGUGUAUUUCCAAAAGAUGAAAAUUAAAGAAAUUUUCUUAUGA